CAGCCAGAUGGGCUCAAAGACAUCUGAGGGGCCAAGUCUCCUCAGGCUUCUCUGCACUUCUGCAUCUCCGUGGCUGGAGGGGCAGCGACAUGGGCAACAGAUGAACUGAGUUUGUGACCCCACAAGUGGGGCAGGGAUGAAAGGAAGGGGUUUCGUGGUCUGAGAGACCAGCCUUUCUGUGUGUGCGGUGCGCCGUGCCGAUACCGUAAUGGGUCUGGUGGCAGGGGGCCUUUGUACGGGUGUACAGGCUGCGUGGGUGUAGUUUUUGUAAUGGGUUAUGGUUUUUCUUUGCGGAGUGAUACUGAGAGUGUAGAUCUAUCUAUCUAUCUAUCUAUCUAUCUAUCUAUCUAUCUAUCAACCUUUACAGUUAUAUAUAUUUAUCGUCCAAGUAUCACUACACAAAGAAAAACCAUAACCCUCCAAAAAUUCUGCAUCUCUAACAGGGCAGUCUGGUGCCCUGCCUUUGUUUAGAGUUAUCCUAACUGGGCAUCUUUUCUGUUGAGCUCCCUCCUUGCUUGAGAAUCAAUCAGCUGAUAAUUAGGAAGUUGUUAGGGCCUUUUCUCCUGUGAGAAAGCCUUGUUUUGUGUCCAGGCAUCCUUCUACCUCGGCGUUGGCUGCCUGGUCCCAGCUCGGCUGCUGUUUUGAAUGCAAGUGAAGGUCUAGGAGAGGCUGUGACUGGGGUGUUCUGCCUCCCGCCCCCGGGCCUGCACUGUGUUCGGCCUCUCCCUUCCUUUGGACGCCUAUUCCUGUGUCAGGAUUCCCUGGAGGUUUCUCUGAGCACUGGGUCUCCCCGGGAUCUAACAGGAUCGGAAAGGAACUUCCGAAGUCGAAAGUGCCUCUGGCGCCUUCUUCUGGGAUUUUGUCUGCCCCUUCAUCAUGAAUGCGUUGCUGUCCUAUUCAAAUGUGGUUGCCAAGUGGGCGCGUCUCUCCUUCCCAUUGAACAUAAUGUUUUACCGAUGUGAUCUGUUUUUCCCCCUUUCUCCAGUUGUACCGGUGACAUGUUCGGCUCCUACGACACAACCAUCUCUUUAUCUUUUCUUGCCUCCUACUGCAGCAGGCUGUGCUUCAUUCCUGUGUCGAUGACCCCUGGGAAUAAGAUCCUUUGCAGAAUUUAGUUGGUUUUCGUAUGAGUCGUUUACCAUAUUAUGUACACAUAACUUUCAGGUCAAGAAUCUUAGUAAAGCCUCGAGGUCUAGGGCUGAGUACAUUUAGUGAACCUUCCUUAGGUUCACAGAGUCUGAUGCAGAGAUCUUUGAAGACAACGGAAGGAUCCUUUUCUAGUCCAGUAAACUAUAGCUAGGGCUCAAUGAUAGCACGGAGGAUUUGCUCUGAUUAAGAAGGCAUAACGGAAUACUUGGCUUCUUCUUUUCAAUACGAUCUCAUUUGAAGGCCUCAAAGUCUGAGAUUUUCUCUACCUCUCUGAUUAAAUUCAGUGCCUCAAUUUGCUUAUUAUGGGACAAAAUGUUUCUACUUUUUCUAACUAAUAUACUUGACAGAAAUAUGCUUUUUGACUGAUAAUAUAGAUUAUGAAAGGUUCUUAGGAAAAAUGCCACAUUUCUUGGCCUUUUUUACUGUCCAUGACAACCAUAGUCUCCGAAAUAUAAAAUCAUCAAUAACAACAAUAAUGGAGCUUGUCGUGCGAGUUUCUAGGGUUCUUUUAGGGUAUUUAAUACAAAUCAUGUCACCUGAACUCGAGCUUUUGUAGCCUUCAAAUACUCACUCUCCAAUUCAAACAAAGAUCACACAGGGAAAUAUUUGAAAGAACAAAAUAACAUUUAAGCAGAGGUGGAGAGUGAGCAGAAAAAAUGUAAUUUACAAGUUGAUCCACAUGAUGUCGCUCAUCACAAAGAAAAAGAUACGUGAGGAUUUAAAAACAGAGAUCUUCGUCAUGUGACUGCAAACGCAGGCAGUCAAGUAGUCCAGAGAAGCCAGCAUUCGUGACACUGGAAUAAACGUACCAGUUCUUAUAUACUAGGAAGCUUUUCAUUAAACAUAUUUGUGCAAAUCUGCGGCACAUAGGAGAAGAUACCAGAGUUUGCCAUGUCCACCUCCAGAUUAGGAGGACCGGCGGGGAGGCAGCUGCUGCGUCUGGUGCUGCUGCAGGCGGCCUGGGCGGCGGGGAGCGGCCCGCUGCAGUACUCGGUGCCGGAGGAGGCCAAGGCCGGCACGCUGGUGGGCCGCCUGGCCCAGGACCUGGGGCUGGAGGCCGGGGAGCUGGCGGCGCGGAGGCUGCGGCUGGUGUGGAAGGGCGGGCGCGACUCGCUGGAGGUGAAGGCGGAGAGCGGGGCGCUGGUGGUGCAGUCGCGGCUGGACCGGGAGGAGCUGUGCGGCCAGAGCGCGCGCUGCGCCCUGCACCUGGAGGUGCUGGUGGACAAGCCGCUGCGGGUGUUUCACGUGGAGGUGGAGAUUCAGGACAUCAACGACAACGCGCCCGUGUUCUCAGUCAAGGAGCAAAUGUUAUCUAUUGCCGAAUCGAGACUGCCGGGCUCGCGCUUCCCACUAGAGGUCGCGUCUGAUGCGGAUAUCGGCAUUAACGCCCUGCUCAGCUACAAACUCAGCCCCAGUGAAUAUUUCUCUCUGGAUGUACAGAAUAAAAAUGAGAAACGUCAGUCCGCAGAACUUGUGCUAAGUAAGUCUCUCGACCGCGAGGAGACCCCCGUGCACCACUUGCUCCUGACGGCGACUGAUGGGGGCAAACCGGAGCUGACGGGCACUGUUCAGCUGGUGAUCACGGUGCUGGACGUGAACGACAACGCGCCCGUGUUCAGCCAGGCGGUUUAUGAAGUGAGUUUGCCGGAGGACGCAGCUAACGGGACCUUAGUCAUAAAUCUGAACGCCACAGACUUGGACGAAGGGAUUAAUGCAGAGGUGCGUUAUUCGUUUAGCAGCCUGGUCGGAUCCAGGGUAAAAGAAAAAUUCAGCAUAGAUUCGCGCAGCGGAGAGAUCAAAGUGAAAGGAGCAUUGGAUUUCGAGGACAUGAAUCUGUAUGAAAUUCACGUCCAGGCCGCGGAUCAGGGUCAAGCUCCCCUGUCCGGACACUGCCGCGUUGUGGUGGCGCUUGUGGACGUGAACGACAACGCGCCGGAGCUGUGGGUGACGCCGCUGUCGGUGCCGGUGGCGGAGGACGCGGCGCCGGGCACGGUGGUGGCGCUGAUCCGCGCGCGGGACCGGGACUCGGGCGCCAACGGGGCCGUGACGCUGUGGCUGCGGCCCGAGGCGCCGUUCCGGCUGGUGUCGAGCUUCCGCGACUCCUACUCGCUGGUGCUGGCCGAGGCGCUGGACCGGGAGCGCGUGGCGGCCUACGAGGUGGAGGUGCGGGCCCGCGACGCGGGGGCGCCGGCGCUGGGGGCCAGCAGCCGCCUGGCCGUGCCGGUGGCGGACGUGAACGACAACGCGCCCGCCUUCGCGCAGGCCGUGUACACGGCGUUCGUGCGGGAGAACAACGCGCCGGGCGCGGCGGUGCUGACGGUGCGGGCGCGGGACGCGGACGCGGGCGAGAACGGCGCCGUGAGCUACUCGGUGGCGGGGGGCGGCGCGCAGGGCAGGCCGGCGUCCAGCCUGGUGGCGGUGGAGGCGGCGAGCGGGCGCGUGCGGGCGCUGCAGCCGCUGGACUACGAGGAGGUGCAGGUGGUGGAGUUCGAGGUGCGGGCGCAGGACGCGGGCUCGCCGGCCUUGUGGGGCCGCGCCACGGUGCAGCUCUUCGUGCUGGACGCCAACGACAACGCGCCGGCCGUGUGGGCGCCGGCGGCGGGCGCGGCGCCCCUGCUGGUGCCGCAGUCGGCGGGCGCGGGGCAGGUGGUGGCCAAGGUGCGCGCCGUGGACGCGGACUCGGGCUACAACGCGUGGCUGCGCUACGAGCUGCAGGAGCCGCGCGGCGCCGGGCCCUUCCGCGUGGGGCUGUACAGCGGCGAGGUGCGCACGGCGCGGCCCCUGGACGAGGCGGACGGGCCGCGCCACAGCCUGGUGGUGCUGGUGCGCGACCACGGCGAGCCGGCGCUCUGCGCCACGGCCACGCUCAGCGUGUCGCUGGUGGACAGCGCGCAGGCCUCGGCCGCGGCGGCGGCGGCGGCCGGAGCGGCGGCGGCGGCGGCGGCCGGGCCCGACGGGCCGCUGUCGGAGCUGAACGCCUACUUGAUCCUGGCCAUCUGCGCCGUGUGCGGCCUCUUGGUGCUGGCGCUGGGGCUGGCGGCGGCGCUGCGGUGGCGGCCGCGGGCGGCGGUGCUGUGCGGCCCGGGCCAGGCGGCGCUGGUGUGCGCCAGCGAGGUGGGCAGCUGGUCGUACUCGCAGCGCCACAGCCGCCAGCUGGGAGGCGGCGAGGCGGCGGGCAAGGCCGACCUCAUGGUGUUCAGCCCCGGCUGCCCGCCCGCCGCCGCCGCCGGCAGUGCGGACAAGAAGACGGGAGGCGGCGGCGCCGGCCCGGAUGGAAGCGCAAUGGUGAGAUGUCUUUAUUCGCCUCUUUCCUUGCACGGCUCCCAGAUUGCUUCCCCUCUCCCGGAGCGCGCCUCAGGCGGAGCGGCUUCUCCCGCGUUUCGCUCCAUGGUUGCAUUGAUCAUUUGCUUGAGAUUUCCGUUGUAUGUUUGCAGAUUAAUGCUCCAACGCAAAACCCUACAGAGUAAAAUUUACCAUGUGGCCUUUCCUUAGAAGAUCUUUUGACCCCCGUUGUCCUUAAAUGUUUCUUGGAAGGAAGGCGUUCCAAUUUUCAGCCUGGAUCACAGGCCCCAUUCUUCUUGAGUUGUAUUUAUUAAUUGAUUGAUUGAUUUUUGCUGGCGUGAGCGGCCACGUGGUGUUUCUUAGAGUGAGAUGAUCACUCUUUGUACCUGGAGCAGAGUAAUAAUUAUUCUUGUGGAUUCAUUUUCUCUGAUAGAGGACCCAUAAUAUACGCUUCGAAGAAAGUUACUUUCAUUGAUGUAAUGGGUUAUUGGAACUUAUAGUUUUACAAAAAAAAAUUCAAUCUUAAUUCCUUAUUAUUAGACGUCAUUUGUUCUGAACCAGUUACCUGUAUUUUAUUUUCUCUAGUGCCAUGGUUUCAAUGCAAAUAAUCAGAUACAUGCAGAAUCAUAGAGUCAUACAAAGUCAGGAUUGGAAGGGACCUCCAGAGGACAUCUAUUCCAAUCCCCUUGCUCAAAGCAGGACUAGCCCCAAGUAGAUCAUCCCAGUCAAAGUGUUGUCAAAGUGUUGAUUUUGAAAACCCCAAAGGAUGGAGCUUCCACCACCUGUCUGGGUAACCUCUUCUGGCGUUUAACUACCCACUUAGUGAGAAAACUCCUCCAAAUUUCUAACCUAAACAUCUCUUCCUGCGACUUGAGACCAUUUCUCCUUGUUCUGUCAUUUGCCAGCACUGAGAACAGUCUAGCUCCACUCUCUUUUGAACCCCCCUCAGGUAGUUGAAGGCUGCUGUUAAGUUUGCUCUCAGUCUCCUGUUUUCUAGACUAAAUAAACCCAGUUCUCCUAGUCUUUCCUCAUAAGUCAUGUCCCCUAGUCCCUCACCAUUUUUGUUGCCCUCUGCUGGACUCUCCAAUUAGUCCACAUCCUUUUUGUAGUGAGGGUCUCAACACUGAACGCAGUACUCCAGAUGUGGCCUCACCGGUGCUCAAUAGAGGGAAAUAAUUUCUUCCCUUGACCUACUGGCAACACACCUACCAAUGCAGCCCAGUAUGCUAUUAGCAUGUUGUGGGCUACCAUAUCAAAAGCCUUGCUAAAAUCAAGAUACACCACAUCCACCAGUCUUCCUGCAACCACAGAGCCAGUCACCUCAUCAUAUUAAGGCAAUCAGGUUGGUUGGCAUGACUUGCCUUUGGCUUUUGUAUUAUUGCUGAAUAUCAUUUCACUAUCCUUUUGAAUUUUACGUCCUCUCUUCAGCUUUUACAAUGCCAGUGCAGCCAUUAUGUGAAAGGGCUGACUAGUAUUAUCUUUUCAAAGAGUGUGAGUCUAUGUCUCUUUUUCAGAAGGAAACGGGAAACAUUAUUUUCCCAUUAUUUUUGUGACAUAUAAAGAUUGAUGGAAAUCAAGACUGCAGGCAGACAGAGGUAUAGUUACACCAUUGGAAUAGGGGAAGAGGUAGCAUGUGUCAGGUGAUCCAGUGUCCUCUUCCAUCCCUCCUUCUCACCCUAAAUUAAGUUGGAGCCAUUUAUUGUGGUCUAGCUUCCAUUACCAGUGGAUAAGAAACCAAUGGCAGAGUUAUUGCAGAUUCAGCUGCACGAUAAUGACUCUCCCCAUGGUUUAAACUGUCUACUGUGCCCACACAUUUUAGGUAGUACCAUUUCUGGAAGAAAGUAUUAGAGAUUUGUAUGAGAAUAGGUGUCAGUAUUAGAAAAUAUUGCAGUUCUCUGCACCAUGUCAUCUAAUACAUCUAUUUUAUUCCUGGUUAUUGCUGAAUUUUGGAAGAUUUUAAUACUAAAGCAGAACUUAUUUCUUAAUUAUCCUACACUGUUACCUGUAAUUUGUUUGUUGAGGUAUUUAAUCUGAACAUAUGAAGACUGUAAAUAGAAUGUCAUAAUCUUAUAGGAUCCAAUAUAUAAUGCUUCAGUGUUUGCCUUUUUUGUUGUCUCGGUCAUUUAAAGAAUAAAUAAUUGGUAACUUUGUUUCUAAAGAUGUAUUUCAAUUUAAGCUAAAUUUAACUCCGAAGUGCAGGUAUCUUCUGAGACAGCUGUAUAUUUCCCCAGAAGGAGUCAAAGAGGAUCCUGGAUUUAUUGUUCCCCUGCCAUUUCUCUUCUGGAAAGUACUUUAUAUAUUGUGUUAUUAUAGAAAGCAGAAAUUGUUUACCCCAGAAACUUAAAGGUAAAUCUUAAUAUUUUUAUAUGUUGAGCUAAGGUAGGCUACUCAACCCAGUCAAAUGCUCUUUCUAUUUACAAUGAGCAAAAAGUAUUUCCUGAGAUUUUGCCUUCAAAAUACUAAGAUAAAUGUAUUCUAAGGUUAUAUGUUGGGGUUGAUAUGUAAUUCUUCAUUUACUUACUUAUUACCUGUUAACAUGUGUCAGUCAUUAUGCUGAUAUCAGUAUAUUCACCUUGCGGUAUUCAGCCCCAGCUGACCGCCUGCUGUCGGGAGUGCAAAAAAGAAGAUGGAAGGUGGUGCUGGCCCAGAUGGAAGUGCAAUGGUGAAAUGUUUUAUUUACCUCUUUCCUUGCACAGAGAUUGACUGCACGUUAUGCAGAGCAGCUUCUCCCUUGUUUAGCUCUAUUAUUUCCUUCUCUUGCUUAGCCCAGGUGCCAUGGCAAUGCUGCAGCCCUUUUCUUGGCAUCUUUGCCUACUAAGCCUGGGAAAGUUAACCCAGGAUUUUCUAUCUGUUCCCCCUCUUGCUCUUUGAAGUCCAGGUGUCUUGCUCAAUACUGUCUCUUUGGGCAGGUUGCACUGGUUUUCAUAUCGGAUUAGAGCAGGUUAUUGGGGCACAUCUGUGAAUAGCUAAUUUCCCCCAAGGCUUCUGCUCUGAAUUCCCCUGUUGAGUUACCAGUCUCAGGCCUUGAUCUUUUCAGACUGGCAAGUUCCACAGGAGCUGUUAAUUGCCAAAGCCUGGCUUAUGUUUGACUUUUAAAAAAUCUGCUCUGGUUCAGUCAUUAUAAAAAGAUGUUUUGUUCAAUCACAUGAUUUUCUUUUGUAUUAAAAAACAUUCUGGCAACCGC